GGUUGCGGCUUGCACAGCCCAAAAUUACUCGCUGCAACCCAUCAGAAGACGGAUCUGGAGCGGGAGCACCCGGGAGGCGCAGGGCAGACCUUGUUUCCAAACUUAUCAAGAUCUGGCGCAUUUCUGGGGGUGGAGCGGUAGCGUAGUACCUUAAUCUGGGGGCAGUUCCCGGACAACGACUACGUGUACGGGGCCAUGAUCUCCACGGCCGACCUCAACGUCGAGAGAUCCAUCGACGGCGGCUUCGCGGAGUCGGUGCGAUGGGCCCAGCCGACGGCGCCCUGCAUGCCGUGGCACUCGCCGGCGCGCAGCUAUUACAGACUGCACCGGGCCGACAGGAUAAAGGUCACGCGCGAUAUGAUCUGGUACCCAAAAGAUUGGUUCGACGAUGUGUUCAAGCCCGGCUGCAUCGAGAUACGCCAAGCCCACAUCGUAGGCGCCGGCACGCCCGAGGAGCCGGCGGAUGAGGAGGAUCUCGAGCUGAAGCAAGUCGACUUUGGCCGGGUGCGAGGAACUGCGCGACUGCCCAAGGGGAAAAAGGCCCCCCCGCGCAAAGGCCGCUGCCGCAAACUGGGAUGAUCUCGACGACCUGCCAGAUUACGAGGAUGUUGUUGCCAGUGAUGAUGGUGAUGAUGAUGUUGACGUUGAUCAUGAUGGGGCGGCGGCUGCACCGAUUCAGGCGAAAAGGGCCACCGUGCGGGAGCGUGGCAUGGGCGGCGAUGAGUUGGAGACACGCCUGCCGAGAAAUUCCUGGUUCAUCGUGGACACGGAGAAGCGUGAGGAAGACUAUGAGAGAUUUGUCCAAAAGUGCCGUGAUGUGCAGGAAGGUAGAUUGACUCUUUUUACCCGACCAUCGUGAGCGACGGAGAAAAGAUGAAGAGUGGUUCCGGGAAUGGGCUCUUCCACGUCGAAGCUGAGGAACAAGGGCUCCUUAGGCGAUGGAAAGCCAGUUAUGCGUGUUUGCUUGCUGCAUUUGUUGGCGGAAUGCAAAAAGACAUUUUUAGUUGUAUAAUGGC